AUGCAAGGUGCUGCCAACCCACUAGGGGGCAUACUAGGGUUCGGCGCCUUGCCCAAGGGCAUUCCGACAGUGGGCAGACGUUAUUACAAUAAUAUGAACCUCCAUGUGGACUCUACAUUUUCAUCUGUGUUUGCACUUCGCGGGGGGAAUGCCACCCUGCCAUGCAGGUUUUGGUACAAGCCUGAGCUCGGUUCCCCCAGGGAAGUGCGAAUUAAGUGGUCCAGGUUUCCUGUUGCAGGGGGACCCCAGACAGACGUUCUGGUGGCUGUGGGUUCACGCAAUCGAAUCUUUAGAGAAUUCAGAGGACGGGUGCGGCUCAGACAGGAUUUUGCAGAAGAUGCUUCACUGGACAUGACUCAACUCGGACUUAACGACUCAGGUCGUUAUGUCUGUGAAGUGGUGGAUGGACUGGAGGACAAGCGAACUACAGUGGAUCUUGAAUUAAGAGGUGUAGUGUUUCCAUACCAACAUCCACUCGGGCGUUACUACCUCAGCUUUAUGGAGGCUCAACAGGUGUGUGAGAAGCAGGACGCCACACUGGCCACAUUUACUCAGCUCUUCCAUUCCUGGGAGGACGGCCUGAACUGGUGCAAUGCAGGUUGGCUGGCUGAUGGGACGGUUCAGUACCCCAUCACCCAGCCCAGGGCACCAUGCGGAGGAUACGAGCUAGCUCCGGGAAUUCGGAACUACGGCAGGCGCCAGCUGACCAACCAUCGCUAUGAUGCGUUCUGCUUUUCCUCAUUCAUGAAAGGGCAAGUCUACUAUUUUCAGCCUUUCCACAAGAUGAACCUGACCGAGGCUCGACAGGCCUGUGAAACAGACAAAGCGCAGAUUGCUAAAGUGGGACAGCUCUAUGCCGCAUGGAAAUAUACCGGAUUGGACGAGUGCAAUGGCGGCUGGUUGGAUGAUGGAAGUGUUCGGUAUCCCAUCACCAGGCCAAGAAAAAAUUGUGGGCCUUCCGAGCCAGGAGUACGCAACUUUGGUUUCCUGCCUCCUCAAGACAAGUGGGGAGUUUAUUGCUACAAAGAAAAGAGUUAA